CCCCUUUCAAUUCUCUCAACACAGGUCGUAUGUAAGCAAGCAGUCAGCAGCCAGCCAAAGAAUCCCAUCUCACACGCGACUCUGUUCCAUCAGGCAUCACCGGCAAAGCUCCUCCUGCCGUUGCGAUGGCGGCGGGAUGGCAGAGGCGGAGGCUGCUGCAGGCGGCGCCGCGGCACCAGCAGGGGGCGCCGUCGUCGCCCGAUUGGAGCCCCGACUACAUCAACGCCUGGCUGUCGCAGCGCACGGCCGUGUUCGGGCUCCGCCUCUGGGUGCUCAUGGGCAUCGCCGUCGGCGCUGCCAUCGUGUUCGUGCUCGCGCUGCUCUUCCUCUGCCUCUCCCGCCGCCGGCGCCGCCGCGACGGCCUCUCCGCGGCCAACCUCUACCCCGCCGCCGACACCAAGCCCGUCAAGCAGCACGUGCAGCAGCCCACGCCGCCCAAGGACAUCCAGGAAAUCGUUCGCCGGCAGCAGCAGAUGGCGCCGCCGCCUCCGGCGCCGCAACCCGCGGCGCAUGCGCAGAUGGCCAAGGCAGAGCCCCCGCCGCCGACGCUGCAGCAGCAGAGGGCGCAGCUUCCCGUGAUGCCGACGGGAUCCAAGCGCUCGACGGCGGCCAGCGGCAUGUCGGCAACGACGAGCGGGGGGAGCGAGCGAGAUUUGGCCACGCCGAGGAGCACCGGGAGCGCCGGGCCGGAGGUGUCGCACCUCGGGUGGGGCCACUGGUUCACGCUGCGGGAGCUCGAGGAGGCCACCGACGGGCUCACGGAGGAGAAUGUGAUCGGGGAGGGCGGCUACGGGAUUGUUUACAAGGGCACGCUGCAGGAUUCCACCAUCAUUGCCGUCAAGAACCUGCUCAAUAAUAGGGGCCAAGCUGAGAAGGAGUUCAAGGUGGAGGUCGAAGCGAUCGGACGCGUCCGGCACAAGAAUCUUGUUAGGUUGCUUGGCUACUGCGUCGAGGGUGCUUACAGGAUGCUUGUUUACGAGUAUGUAGACAACGGUAAUCUUGAUCAGUGGCUUCAUGGCGACAUUGGGGAAGUGAGCCCACUGACCUGGGAUAUGAGGCUGAACAUAAUUAUUGGAACUGCUAAAGGGCUGGCCUAUCUUCAUGAGGGGCUGGAACCGAAGGUUGUCCACCGUGACAUCAAAUCUAGCAAUAUUCUCCUUGACCAGCAAUGGAAUGCUAAAGUAUCGGAUUUUGGGCUUGCAAAGCUAUUGUGCUCGGAGGCCAGCUACGUCACUACACGUGUUAUGGGAACCUUCGGUUAUGUGGCACCUGAAUACGCCAGCACCGGAAUGUUAACUGAGAGGAGCGAUGUUUAUAGCUUUGGUGUACUUUUAAUGGAGAUCAUAACCGGCAGAUCUCCUGUAGAUUACACUAGGGCACCUGGAGAGGUGAACUUGGUCGAAUGGCUGAAGAACAUGGUGGCCGAGAGGAAAGCAGAGCAAGUAGUUGACCCCAAGAUGCCUGAGAAGCCUUCACCGAAGGCACUGAAGCGGGCACUUCUAGUCGCCCUUCGCUGUGUCGAUCCCGAUGGUCAUAAGAGGCCUAAAAUGGGGCAUGUAAUCCACAUGCUUGAAAUGGAGGAUCUAGUCGUCCGGGAUGAUAGGAAGCCCAGAAGGGAUGUACCUCAUGAGACAUCAGACAGACAUAGCUCAAGGGAGGAUGGGAGCCAGAGCAGACGCGACAACCAUCGGUACAGAUGAUGAAACGGGGCGUCGACGAUACUAAACCGGAACUUGGAUUUGCGUGGAUUGCUGCUAGAUAUCGCCGGUAUUAACCAUGUCGUCAUUACAUUAUUUUUUGCUGCCCCUCAUCGGAUCUCCUCAUGACCAACUCUCUCCCUCUCUCCUUGCUCUUGAUUGUAUUAUAUGCCAGCAUCAUUCCAUGGAACUUAACAGUUGAUAUAACUCGACGAAACCACACAAGUGUAGGCUUGGUGUUCUGACUUCUGACUAACAGUUUAAUGGGAGAGAUUCCACCACCUA